AUGGCUUCAGGUCUGGCUCGCAAGUAUGAAAUCAACGCCGACAUGGGCGAAGGCUUUGGUCGGUGGAAGAUGGGACCAGAUGAAGAGCUGAUGCCAUUGAUCGAUGCUGCCAACAUCGCAUGUGGGUUUCAUGCUGGUGACCCUUCGAUCAUGCUCAAGACGAUCCGUCUGUGUAAAAAACACGGUGUACGAGCAGGCGCUCAUCCUGGACUACAAGACUUGUUUGGCUUUGGUCGAAGAAAGAUUGAAGUUGAUACUGGAGACAUGUACGCCAUGAUACUCUACCAAGUCGGCUCCCUAAAAGCCAUGCUUGAUGCCGAAGGCGUGGAACUGUCUCAUAUCAAGCCUCACGGCGAGCUCUUCUUCUACAUGCAAAGGGACACGGCCAUUAUGAGAGCAGUUCUAGACGCUUGCGCUACCUUCAAAGUGCCAGUCUACGCCUCUCAAAACGCCGAACAAGAAGCCAUGUGCAACGAGCUGGGCAUUCCCUUCCAGGGCGAGGUAUACGUCGACAUCGACUACUCACCCGAGGGAAAACUCUUGCCGUUUGCAAAGUCUCGAACUGCGACGCCAGAGCUGUGUUUUGAACGUGCCUUUUCGGCGACGAGGACGGAUACGGGAAAAGACAUCAACGGAACCCAGUUCAGUUUUGGCUUUGGAAAGAAGCCGUUCAGCAUCUGCCUUCAUUCAGAUGCGCCUACAGUCUUGGAAAAUGCCCGGGCAGUGCGAAAAGCGAUUGAUGAAGCCAACAUGGACAAGUUUGCUUCUGCGGCGCCUCACCUAUGA